CCCCUUUCUCUAGUGAUGUUUACUAAUGGAAGCGUCCAAGCCACCCCCCCUUCCAAUCCUUACCGCUAUGCGCGGCUACGAGCGCCGGGGACUGAGGCUCGGGAGUGACUGAGCGCCUGGCUGCGGGGGUUCUCUGCUGUGCUGCCCGAUCUUCUGCUGUGUCCCGCGCAGGAUAUGUGCUGAGUGUUCCGGGCACCGCUCUCCGAUACUUCCCAGAUUUCUUCACGCACCGUUAAAUUCCAAUGGAUCAUAUUCAGGGAGCAUGGAUGAAGAUCAGCAAUGGAUUUGGUUUGAAGGACUCGGUGUUUGAGGGAUCUAGCUGCAUGUCACCUACCAUUAUGCAACAGUUCGCAUACCGGCGGCGAGCGUCUGAUGACGGAAAGCUUGGUGACCCCUCGAAGGCGAGCAGUACUAUCAGAGUCUACCUUCCCAAUAAGCAGAGAACUGUUGUUAACGUACGGAGUGGCAUGAGUUUACAUGAUUGUCUUAUGAAAGCUUUGAAGGUGCGAGGCCUCCAGCCAGAAUGCUGUGCUGUUUUCCGUCUUCUGCAAGAUACUAAAGGAAAACAGCGGCUGGACUGGAGCACAGACGCCAUGUCAUUAAUAGGGGCAGAGCUGCAAGUGGAUUUCUUGGAUCAUGUCCCACUCACAACCCAUAAUUUUGUACGAAAGACUUUCUUAAAGUUGGCCUUCUGUGACAUCUGCCAGAAGUUUCUACUGAAUGGUUUUCGGUGUCAGACGUGUGGGUACAAGUUUCACGAGCACUGCAGUACCAAGGUCCCGAUCAUGUGUGUGGACUGGAGCAAUAUCCGACAGUUACUAUUGUUUCCAAACCCAAAUAAUUCAGAUGGCAGCACGCCUUCAAUGCCCUCAAUGCGGCGUAUGCGAGAAUCAGUCCGUGGCUCAGCAAGCUCCCAGCACAGAUAUUCUACACCUCAUGCCUUCAACUUCUCAACUCCAAAUCCGUCUUCAGAGUGUUCACUUUCUCAGAUACAGAGGUCCACGUCCACGCCCAAUGUCCACAUGGUCAGCACAACAAUGCCUGUGGACAGCAGAAUAAUAGAGAAUAACUGGCUUAAUACUUCUCCGAGGUCCACAUCGCAACGUUUUUGUUUGUGGGGCAGAGAUGCUGUAAGGACCCAUAGUGAAUCAGGUAGUCCGAAUAACUUGAGUCCUACAGGAUGGUCCCAGUCCAAAACUCCAGCUCCAACGCACAGAGAGAAAUCUGCAGUGUCCAGCAGCCAGGAGAAAAAUAAAAUACGCUCCCGUGGGCAAAGAGAUUCCAGUUACUACUGGGAAAUAGAAGCAAGCGAGGUAAUGCUGUCUUCCAGAAUAGGAUCGGGAUCUUUUGGAACAGUAUAUAAAGGCAAAUGGCAUGGUGAUGUGGCAGUAAAAAUUCUCAAAGUUACAGAUCCAACUCCAGAACAGUUGCAGGCCUUUAGAAAUGAAGUUGCUGUUCUCAGAAAAACACGGCAUGUGAAUAUUCUGCUUUUCAUGGGCUACAUGACAAAGGAUAACUUGGCUAUUGUCACACAGUGGUGCGAGGGAAGCAGUCUCUACAAACAUCUGCAUGUACAGGAGACCAAAUUCCAGAUGUUCCAGCUCAUAGACAUUGCCCGACAGACAGCACAAGGCAUGGACUAUUUACAUGCAAAGAACAUUAUCCACAGAGACAUGAAGUCAAACAACAUAUUUCUGCAUGAAGGGUUAACGGUGAAAAUCGGAGAUUUCGGACUGGCCACAGUCAAGUCUCGAUGGACCGGUUCCCAGCAGGUGGAGCAGCCGACUGGAUCAAUCCUGUGGAUGUCUCCAGAGGUGAUUCGAAUGGAAGAUAAUAAUCCGUUCAGUUUCCAGUCCGAUGUUUAUGCUUACGGUAUCGUCCUGUACGAACUGAUGACGGGAGAACUGCCGUAUUCUCACAUCAGGGACAGAGACCAGGCAAGGGUCCAAUGGGAAGAGGAUCUUGGAACAUUGUCCCAGGAACAAUGGACAGAUAUUCUGGCCCUUACUCCUUCUUUGACGAUCAUCUUCCUUGUUGGCCGGGGAUGUUUAGUGCCAGAUCUUAGUAAGUUGUACAAGAAUUGUCCCAAAGCAAUGAAGAGGCUGGUAGCAGACUGUGUGCAGAAAGUCAAGGAAGAUAGACCCCUGUUUCCUCAAAUCCUCUCCUCCAUUGAGCUGUUACAACACUCUCUCCCCAAAAUCAACCGAAGUGCUUCAGAGCCCUCUCUGCACCGAGCGACCCACACAGAAGACAUUAAUUCCUGUACAUUGACGUCCCCGCGGUUGCCUGUUUUUUGAAGAGACUGUCUGCACAGGUCGCUUGCGCGGGGUCUUCUUACGAUUUUAUUUUUAUUUUUUAAUAAGCUGAAAACGCUUUGUCUCCUCACGUUCAUUUUGAUAUCAUGAAGAAAAUGCUGCUAUUAUCGCAUUUCUGGAGCAGUCGUUGUGGAUAUGAUGGCAAAUGAAGUGGAGGAUAAAGUACUAUUUCCCAUUUGUACACCAUGCACCUCUUGAGCCACAAACUCGCCGUCUCUGGCCUCUAAUGAAUUUGUUACAGGACGUUAUGUGUUACAUAGGUGCCAAGGUCUCAUUGAUGCGCCUGGAACGGUCAACAUUGAAAAAGAAAAAUUGAAUGGGGAAAAAAAACAACUAAAACAGAAGGAGAUUCCUUAAUAUGGACUACUUUGCACAGUUCUGGAAAUGAGGGAGAAAACAGAUUGAACUUUCCCAUGAGUAGACUGCUAAUACCCGACACAGCAUUACCUGCUUCACUCUGGUACUCGGUUUUGUAAUGUAGUGAAUGCUCUGCAGCAGGAUGACAUAUUACAGUAAGGGUCUGUCUGCAGAGCAUCACCAGUGUGCGUAUAUACGAUUUGUGUGUUUAUAUGCACAUGUUGGAAUCUGCACUAGAUAUGGGAAUCAGUGUGUACACAGUCUUUUUAUUUUGGGUUUUAAUUUGUCUCUGUUCUCUUAUUGCAUUUAUUUUAAACUACAGCUGUCCUGAUUACCCAGUUUUAAUAAAUUAAAUGUGUUUCACA